UUUAUUUCAGGAGUUUGCACCAAGUUCUUCUUCAAUUCCACAUCACAGACGCAAGUACCAUUACAAGUUAUUCCUCUCCGGAGUGGGUUUGAUUUCAGCUUUAGAACUUGCAGUGGUGGGGUUUUGCUUGAUCAAAAGGGCCAAGCAAUGAAAGGAGUUCAAACAAAAUUACCUCUAGAGCGAAGUUCAGCCUCGACGUUUCCUGGCGAUUCUUUAGAAGCCGAGCAAGAUUUCAAGUUUUACGUUGUGGCAGUACAGCCGAAGAAGCACACGGGGCCAAGCAAUGGUUUUGUUCGUCUGGAAGUGGUUCCCACAACAGCCGUGAAAUAUUCUGUUACACCUGUAUUGUUAAUUGCAAGCCAUCUGAAAAUGACAUGGUCAAUAAAUUCAAUAGAGGAGUCAGUUACGUUAGGGAAAGACUUGGACCAAAAUAUUAUUUGUAAAGUACAAUUCACUGCUGGCA